AUAUAAUGGUUGACAAAUAAGUUAUAUAAUUAAAUUAAUAAUAUGAUAACACAUCAUAAUAGCCAGUAAGUUUUAGAGUAAUAAGGUCACGUUCGUGUAGGUGGCUUUGGCUAUGAUGUACCUCAAAUAUGGGAGUGGUAGCUGUGACCUUGGUAGAUUUGAUCAUUGUUGAUAAAAACAUUAAUAAUACUAAUGACGUAAAACAUCGUAUAUUAAUUUUAAAUACCAGGUCCUCAAUAUUAUAUUUUGUUCAAUCGGAAAAAUGUUUAGUGAUCAUUCAUACUAAAUAUCUUGUGAACUUGCUGUGUAUCAAAGAACGGAAAUUAAUAAUAUUUUGGUUCAACAUUUGGGUUAUUCAUGUGAAGGACAACCAGGUGUGGUUGCUUCCAUCCUGGGGCUACAUGAUGCAGAGGUUAUAUUACAUAGUCAACGACGAAAAACGCUUCGUAUAUAGUUAAUAAGUAGAUACAGAAUAGGCAAGAAAACUUGAAUAUCAUGUUUUAACAAAUUUUAUGGAUAUUAUCUGGAAAAAAUUCAAAAACUCGUUAGUGUUAAGCGAUUAGUUUUCUAUGACA